UAAACUCGAAGCGUACAAGGCCAUAAUUAAAGUAAUCUACGAUACUUGUGGCAUUUUGCUAGAAAACUGUCAUAUUUCUAAUUGCUUGCGGACCCUAAAGAGGCUGUACUAGGCAAUAAAGGACAUGCUCAACGCCUUGGGUUUUGGAUGGGACGAACAAAACAAGAUGGUUCUUGCUAUAGAGGAUGUAUGGGAUGGAUACAUCGUGACACACCCCUACGCCGAACGGGUGCGAGGCAAACAUAUUGAAAGAUGGGACGACCUCGCGUUCAUGUUUGGCAAUGAUUGUGCCCACGGUGAAUUUGCUAGUAUGACAUAUUCUUCUCCGAUAUCAGGGAAACGGCGCGGCCGUGACGAGUUCAAAUCAAACGAUGACUCGAAUGAGGGGGCUUCCCAGACAGUACAUUUGUCAUCCUCUGACGAUGAUGACCGAGGACCCCCUCCUCGAGUUCGAGGUCGUGAUGGAUCCUUAUCAAAUCGGGCAAAACGUGCUAACAAAAGCCCAAUGGAAGCCACUUCAGGUUCUCGUCAUAGCCUCAUAGAGGGGAGUGAGAUAAGCCGUGGGCGGAGGCACAGGUCGAGUGAACAUAUCAGCGAGAAGAUGGGGGAAGUGGCUGAAGCCGUUAAUAACUUGAUAAUUACAUUGGGUCAGGGAAAAAGCAUGACGCAUGUUCAGCGGUUGUUGGGUAUCCUGGAAGAGGUGGAUGGUCUUUCACAUGAAGACCAACUCCGUGUUGUAAGGUUCUUGCAGACUCAUGUAGUCAGUGCAGGGUAUUUUAUAAAGAUGGAUCAUGAACGCAGGAAGGAAUGA